AUGGAUCACGUAAAUAAUGAUGGGACAGACAAAGUUAAGGUUAGAAAGUUAAGAUUGAUUUCUGAUUCCUCUCGCCAAGCCAUGCGUUCGGGAGAAAUGGAAACGAUUGCUCAACUUACGAUUCAGUAUCGCAAAAAUUAUUUCCAUGGCAGAUAUAGCAUUUGUCCUAGGAGACGUAAUCAUUCAUGCCAUUUUAGACGUACAAAGUCAACACUUUUGUAAUCGAUAGUUAUAUUUUACAAGAGGUGGUUUUUCUCGCGGUAAAGUCAAUCGCGGCGACAAGGUAAAAAUCGAGCAUCCAGGAGAUCGUAUCGCCUCCAAGGUGUUAAAAAGUGUGCGAUCGGCGAGGAAGCAUGCGAUUCGUUCAGAUUAACUUUACUAAUUAACCUAAUCUUAAAGUAAAAACCGAAUAUAAUCCUUUCGUCUUAAACUCCACAAUUACUUAUUUGUCGCAACAACCGACAGCACGUUCUUUCCGAGGUUGGUUUAUUUUUGCAAGUGAUCGCGACUCGACUUAAGUACCCAUGCGUUAUUGUGACCGCGUUCGUUCAGAUUAUUUUGUUUACGUUGAGCAUAUUUGCAUAAGUCGAAGAGCUUAUUUUGAAAGAUGCAAAAGUUUUGCUAUUGUUCUUUUCCACUCAAUAGGUGACUGUUUUGUUCUUUGCUAAAAGCCGUGAAUUAGUGGAACAGCGUUCGGCACAAAUAUUUAUUGGGAAGAGACUCUUGGGGAGAGAUCUGAUAGCUGGUAUCCUCAACAAUUUUCCGAGGUAAGACGAAUCUUAUGGGUCAAUGAUCUUUGUGGAAUCAGUGUUUUGUACAUUAAGGUUCGAAAGAUUCCGUAUACUCUAUCAGAGUUUUCUUUUACAGGAUACCCAAAACAUCUUGUACUUUGGUAGAACACUCCCUUCACCACGUUACAUAUUUCGUUUUAAUCGAUUUGCGUUACCUUUUGUUGAGUAUAAACUCAUCAAUCGAACGCUCAUUUUGUUUUAAGUCUUUCAGUUAUUCAGGAAAACCUUGUGAUCGCCGUGAAUCAAAAUUACAUCGAAAAGGAGUCAGAAAUUAUUCUUAACGGAGGCGAAGAAGUCGCAGUUAUCCCACCGAUUAGUGGUGGCUGAAAUGAAAGAAGAAAGGUAUUUAUUAAAAUAGGUUCUAAAAUUAUGAGGUGGAACUAAGGGAAUAUGGGACUUAUUUGUAAAAAGGGGCUAAAAGGGGUCCCAGGUAAUUUAAGUAUUCAGUCAGCCACAGCAGUUACCAAAUACACACUCAAUAAAAAUAACACUUUGAUAUAUGGCAAAAAAUUUUCCAAAAAUAAAUUCUCAGAUUUUUGUCAAACUUCCUCAACAACUGAUUGUAAACCUUUUCUCAAAGAUAAGCAAUCUGCUGCGGCUAUUCAAAUUAUAUCACCGAUCAGAGCAAACACACAAUUAUAAAUGAAGGUGUUUGACAAAUUGAAAUUGAUUUCUUGACCAAUGACUGCAGGACUUGACCAUUUUCAAGCAGGUGUAACAACAGUCAUAAAUGUGGUCAUCACCAUUUUGAGGUUGGCAAUUAUCCAGUUGACUGAGAAAAUAUCAAUAACCGCUGAUUGAAUUGUCAGGAAUCAAGAAUGACUGACAUCAUCUGUCAAGGGCAGCUGAUCUAUAUCCAUGAAGGGGAUAAAACUUAUUGUAUGAUCAUAUUGGAACCAAUGAAAAUUAAUUCACUUGUUUUUAAAACAUCUGUGUAUGAAUUGACAGCUUCUUUUUUCUCUCUCACCCAUCAUAAAAACAAGGGGGAAUAAAAAUUGCAAGAGUCAAAAUUACCAACCAGUUGCAAUAGUGUUUCCUACAGGAAAAUCUUCAGCAUUUAGUUUUGUUAAAACUUUAUCCAAAGUAUCGCCUAAAGCCUUGCCAUAAAAUGUAUAGGGGAAUCAGAUUUUUCAUAAGAUGUUUGCCAAUAAAGAACUGUUCUUGCUUAUCCUUAUUCUACUCUAAACACAAGCUGACUUGUCAAACAGAACAAAAGAUUUUAAUUAAUGAUGUCUACCAAAUAUAGUUCAUCUUGGUAUGCAAAUUGAUAAUGUUCAUAACAAUAUUUUUUUCACAGUUUUGUCACAAUGACAGUAUCACAACUUUAAAAGGAAACAAUUUUACAAAUUUCAAGUAAAAUAUGUUUGAAGAAUUUCUCUUGCAAGGCACAAGUUAACAUAUUCACUGGAAAACAAGUUGUUUGUAUCAUUUUUUUACUCCCAGUAAUGCUGAUUUUAUAUGUAUUUGUAAUUACUUCACUAAAAGGGGCUGUCAAAAGCUGAUUUUCAAGUUCACCAAAUUUUGUUUUUAUAUUAGCUUAUGGACCCCAUAUAAUCUAAAAUAUGCAUUAUAAUCAAUAUAUGAUCUAAAAUGUGUAUUAGAAUCAAUAUUGACACAGGCAGACUGGACAUUUUUUAAUGAAAGAUGAACGAGAUUGUGAAACAUAUUAACUCCCAUCAGUCUGCCCUCUACCAGUUUUUUCUGGCUGUUUCUAGAUGUUCAUUAACAUUCAGAUUUUAGGGUAACAUUGUAGCCAAAAUGUAUCUUAUUCUAAUUGACAGACUUCCAGUUUUUGCUUCAGUAAUUACAGAUAAUGAACCUUCUAUUCAAUAAUAUGCAAAACUCCAGAGCAUUGUAUAGCAUUCUGUAUAUUUUUGGGGAGAAAAAAAAAACUCUUUCAUUUUGUUCUGAGUCUAUUGUUUUGUGUCCCUUCAUCCAGAUGUGUGUGCAUUGACAAUUUUUGACCUGUCAUUUCCCUUCUAGAUCAAUUAUAUUUUGAUUUGAAUCCCUAUUCUCGAAUUAUUCUAUGCAAACAAUGAUACUAUUUUUAAACAUAAUUACUACUGUUGUUUACUGAAAUUUUUACCAUCUCAAACUGUUCCUACAGUUACUGAAAUGUGUCUAUAGAAUGCAACAUGUUGGAACAGUCACUUCUUUCUGAUGAUAAUAUUGGUACCACUGACUAAUUUGUUGCUAAGCACUAUGGUAUUGUUUUGUUCAGGAAAAUGAAUUCAAGUUAUUCAAAAACACACAUCACAGACAUAACAACAUUAAAAUUAUUUUUAACUGCUGCUUACUUAGCAGGGAUGGUUUUUUCUCCAUGCAAAAAUUCUUGUACACAAACUUUCUGACUCUGAAGGUUGUCAGGGGCUGAUUUUUGUCAAGUUUACAAUAUACUUCUCGUUUGAAAUAUUUGUGGAUACAAAAAUGAGGUAGGGAACGUGACUUAAAGAUAUUGUUCAUCCAUGUGUAGAAUGGGAGGGAUCUUUCAUUUUUGAUAUACGCAUGGAAUAACAUAUAAAUAUCACUAUAAUUUAUAUUAAAAUUUGCAGUUUAGGGUUGUAAUUUUUCAACAUAAUUCAAGGGAACAUGAUCUCAAUGCGGAUGGCUUAAAAUUUAUUCAAUAUAAUAUAAUUUUGUCCUCUGUAUGUGCUGAAUAAAUAAAAAUUUGCCGCAGCGAAAAUUUUCUUUCAGGAAGCCAACUUACAUCAUCAACUCAGUUGAUAAAACCAAAUUAUUGAUAAGUACCUCCUACUAGCACAGCAACACUGACAGUUUCUUCAAAAACUUACCUCCUUUAUUCAUUUAGGUUAUUAAGUUACAUUCAGUUUGAAGUAAAUUAUGCAUGUUAGAUUUUUGUCAACAAGGUGGUUCAAUAUUAUGAAUUUCAGAGAAUGUUGAAAUUGAGGAAGUCCUGCCCCUCUGCCGCCCUACCAGUUCACAACAAGUUCAAUGUAGCAAGUAUGGCAACUUCACCCCAAAACAUUUACUUGUUUCCUUGGGGCAAAACUUGUUUCUUUUCUUACAAAAUUUUUAAUAAAUUCAAUUAACAUGCAAAUUUCAUCCUCAAACUGAGAUGCUUGAGUCAGCAAACAUGCUAAGUUGCUUUCAAAUUCUGGCCUCCACCAGUGUUGCAUGAUAUAAUUGAUUGGUUUUGGAGUAUUUUAUUUUUCUAUAUUGCAGAUGAUGCACCUGCAAUAAAUUAUUCACCCAACUCUAAUUUGUUUCCUUUUCAGUAAAGGAAAGGCACACAGUUUACACAUGGCAGAUGAUACAAUCGUUAUAACACCAGAUCACCUUCAUGUUGAUCAGGUUUCAGAAAUUGUUGGUGCUCCAAGUGCUGGAGCAAUCUCACUGUUUGUAGGUGGGCCUAGUUUUCUCUACCUCGUUACAAGAUCUCCUUAGUUUACCAUUAAUCACAGUGUACUUUAGCCCUUUAACUCUCAUGAGUGACCAAGACAGAAUUUUUCCUUACAAUAUCAACCAGAUAAGUGAUGAGAAUAAAGAAAAAUAUCAAUAUGAGGAUAAUUAGUUGAUCCAACACUAAGUUCUCUGAACUAACACUAUAAGAAUUUUAUGAUUGACAGUAUGGAGAAUUACAAAUUUGAUCUGAGAGUUAAAGGGUUAAGUGUAAUUUUGAGUGAUAGAUGACAAAAUACCUGUUGUUGUCACUGACAACUAGUUGAUCGACAUCUCUAAUGCAUCACUAACUAUUGGUUAUUGGUCAGCCAACUAUUUGUCAGUAGCUGACCUGUACUUUUGCCAAAACCAUUAGCAGUUGACCAUCAUUCACCCAAUAAUUAACAUGCAGUUUUGGGGAACUUUUUUCUCUUUACUUGGACUCUUUAACUCCUUAAAGUGACAAGUAUCUAAUUCCUCCAAAAAGUAUCACUCCUGGAUCAAAUAUCAAGGUCAUGAGCGUAAAGGAAAUGCUUGUAAAGUUAAGUACUCUUCGCUGUUCAACAAAUUCUUCAUGUGAAUAUGAUAGGAAAUGAAUGGUGAAGAGAAUGGAGAACUUGUAUAUUUGUGUUAGGGUGUUAAGAGUUAAGUUUUCCAAUACAAUGUCUUUUACUAACUUAGUAAACAUUCAUGAUUAUGACAUGACUGUGUUUUAUAUUCCUUUAGGGACUACAAGAGAUAAUUUUGAAGGUGAUCAUCAAGUUUUUUAUUAAUUGCAUGUUUCCUGUUAUCAGCAUACUCAUUUAUUAAAUUAUAGUCUUUACAAGAAGAAAUGUGAGACAGUUUGUUAGUGCUAGUUUACAUCUUUAAAUCAAUAGUGUUUCAGCCCUCAAAAAAUUACAAAUUGACUGUGUGCUGUAAUUUUCAGAUUCCUCCAGUUAGUAAAAUUUGCUUGUCCUUAAAGAGAUCUGAGUCUACUAAUGUCAACAGUUUUCUUAGUCUUACAUGAAAUAACAGGUUAUUAUUCCAAAAUUGUGUCAAUUGCUGCAAAGCUAUGGUAUUCUCUCUGAAGUAGAGGUGAAAUUUAUAUGAUACUUCUGCUCUAACAAAUAACUUUUUUUGUCAGGAAAAACAGUAGUGCGUUUGGAAUACGAAGCAUACAUACCUAUGGCUAGGUCAGAGAUGCGCAAGAUCUGUAAGCAAGUCCGAGAAAAAUGGGAUGUGAUCAAAAUAGCCAUCUUUCAUAGAAUUGGGUAAGUUCAACCCUUGUUUGCCAGGUUCAAAAAUAGGAGAAAGUAUUAAACUUUAGAAGGUUUCAUCUGUACUCAAGCCAAGUGCCCCAUCCAGUGGGAACUUAUCAUGCUUUCCUUGGCAUGAAACAGCAAGGAGUAUCACUACUCUUCCUUGGGUGAGAUGCCAGUCCAUCACAAUGUUACCCCUUAGCAUUUAACCAGGCUUGUCUGACUACUGGCUGGGACACUUUUGUACCCCUGGGUGGAUAGAGGCACUGUGAAUGUGUAAUUUGUGAUAAUUGUAAUAUGCAUAAAUUCAUAUUUUGCUGGCUUGUAUCAGAAGACUGGAGGCAGGUGCAAGGUGCACAGAGAGUUAUGGGAAUGCAGUUUGCAAUUUAAGGUUGUUAGAAGGGCGAGGCAUUAUACAGUCAGCCUUCGCUGUAUUAAGUUGUAAGGUUUCAUUUUUGUUUAAAUUUAUUCAGUUUUUUUCUUCCUGAAACAUUGUCAUGUUCUCAUCAGGCAUAACCUAGAGCUGUACUUGCAUACUUCCUUGAGUGGCUGUCAUCUAUUUGCGAACGUCAUGUUACUCAUAGGAUGCCCUAAAACCCUGAGGGUGGCACCACUGCCUUGUUUGAGGAAACAUGUUCCCCCUUAUAUCCACUUGCUGGUUUUUAGGGGUUUUCAUGUUGGGCUUUGGUGCAUUUAGUUUCCUUCAAUCAUAAUUAUUAUAGUAAAAAUAUUGUAAGCAUAUUGGCUUGGCUGGCUGGCCAAUGCACCCAGUUAUUGACAUUUGUGUGGUCCAAGGUAGAGACCAGCCUGGUUGACCAGGAGUCCAGUGCACUAACCAUAAGUGCACCUCGUUGCUCAAUUUUAAUGUCACUGAGUAAUUCAGAAACUGUGUUUGAUGAAUAGUUGAUCACAAAUAACAAUGUUUUUGCAGGGUGGUACCCAUUGGAGAGGCCAGUGUGAUUAUUGCUGUUUCAUCAGCUCACAGGAUGAAUUCUCUUGAAGCUGUACAAUACUGCAUAGAUACUUUAAAAGCAACAGUGCCAAUAUGGAAAAAGGUACAUUUGAAAUUCACCUUUUUUCUUCCUACUUUAACCUUUUUCCAUGGAAAUUCAGAACUUUCUGAAAUUUUCAAAUAACAGUAGGUAGAGGCAAGGCUAAGAAUGGAAAUCAUUGCAAAACCACAAUUCAGUUCAUUGAGAUUUAAUGUGGAAAUGAAAUAUUUCUAACCUAUUCCUUAAUCUUUAUCAUGUAGUCUGUUUCUGUGGGUUAUAUACUUUUGUAGAAACCUAUAAUUAUAACAAACCAACAUACCGCAAUGAUCAAUUCAUGGUUGGCUUGUUAGCUCAGUUGGUACUUCCUUGGUUUGGUAGAGAUCCUGGGUUCAAAUGCCUUACAGGUCUGAAAUUUUUUCAGGCUGUUACUGCAUAAGUAGUGUUCAUUACUGCGAAGAUUGCUUUCAAAUUUAUUUCUUGAUCUGCAGUUCACAUAAUUAUAUGAUUUUCAUAUAUUCACAGUCAUAUACUGAUUCUGUUGUAUUAUAGUGUGAGUCCAAGAUGCUAUGCUAAUGUCAGAAUUUAAUUUAAAAUUGCUCUACAGUGUAAUGCUAUCAUUCCAUUAAACCUACAUGGGAAACCCAAUAUAAAAUAAGAGAAGCAUUUUGAACGUUCUACAUUUACUUAUUGUACCUUUCAUUGUCAUUUUCAGGAAGUCUACGAACAAGGUGAACCAAGUUGGAAAGAGAACUCAGAAUGCUUCUGGGCAAAGAAAGUUGGGUCAUCAAAACAGUCUACAGUGUAACAAAGAACAGGCAAGCCAUCUGCUAAAAUAACCUGGCAUGUCAUCACCAUUAAUUACAAAGAUGUUUGCAAUCAAGAGUUCUUCCAUCCUCACCUAAAACUCAACUCUUCAACCCACACAUCACAAUGGAUGUUCAUUUUACUAAUAAUUUAUGCCAGACUUUGAUUUAGUUCACCAAUGUCUUCACUGACCAAUGUCAAAUCUUCAUUUCGCAGUCAAUUUAUUGCACUGCAUGAACAAACGGUUAUGAGUGUAAUAAGUACAAGCAAAAUGUAACAAUUAGUGUAUAGAUGUCUUAUGCAAAGGUGCAUUGUAUGCUAGAGAGAAGCAAAUAUUUUAAAAUGACAUACAGUAGAAUGUAAUAAUAAAUAUGACAUUAAUGACUUAGCAUAGUCAUGUUUUACACAGAAUAAGUCUUAUCAUUGAACCUUUUCAUUGGAGUACAUGACAGAUACGAUACCUCUAGAUAUAAUCACAUAAACUGCUUACUAGUUUGUCACAGCGCAAUGAAUUCUGAAAUUACUACCUAUGAAAGGUGUUUCAAAACAUUUAAAAGUAGAGUACAAAGAUUCUAUCUACAACACAAAAGUAAAAUGUGAUACACAGAGACAAGAAAAUAAAAG